GGUUGGAUUCAAAGUUCCAAUUUUGUCAUAUGGAAGGUGUGUGUUCUAAGUAAGGAACUUCCCAGACAUCAUAAAAAUCCUUCAAAUUCAAAUUCGAUAGGGUGAAAUUGAGGUUUAUAGAGAGAGAGAUUGAUUGAUGGGUAGGGCAUUUGUGUAUGUGAUUCUUGGAGGAGGAGUCGCUGCUGGGUAUGCAGCCCUUGAAUUUACACGCAGAGGAGUCAAUCCUGGUGAGCUCUGCAUCAUCUCUGAAGAACCUGUUGCACCGUAUGAGAGGCCUGCAUUAAGCAAAGGUUAUUUACUUCCAGAAGAUCCUCCACGCCUUCCAUCAUUUCACACAUGUGUUGGCGCUGGCGAGGAAAAGUUAACUCCAAAAUGGUAUAAGGAACAUGGAAUCGAGUUGGUUCUUGGAACUCGUGUUAAAUCUGCUGAUGUAAGGCGUAUGACUCUGUUAACUGUGGCUGGGGAGACUAUCAGUUACAAGACUCUUAUAAUUGCAACAGGUGCUCGGGCUUUGAAGCUUGAAGAAUUUGGAGUACACGGAUCAGAUGCUGAAAAUGUGUGUUAUUUACGAGAUUUGGCUGAUGCAACUAGGAUUGUUGAUGUGAUGCAAUCUUGUUCUGGGGGCAAAGCUGUUGUCAUUGGUGGUGGUUACAUUGGCAUGGAGUGUGCUGCAUCUCUAGUGAUCAAUAGAAUAAAUGUAACCAUGGUAUUUCCAGAAGAACAGUGCAUGGCCCGUCUAUUUACGCCGAAGAUUGCUAGCUAUUAUGAAGAAUAUUAUAAAUCCAAAGGAGUCGAAUUCGUUAAAGGAACCGUCUUGACGUCAUUUAAAUUUGACUCCGAAGGAAGGGUUACUGCUGUUAAUUUAAGAGAUGGAAAACAAUUACCUGCGGACAUGGUUGUAGUGGGAAUUGGAAUACGUCCAAACACAAGCCUCUUCGAAGGCCAACUCACUCUGGAAAAGGGUGGGAUCAAAGUAAAUGGACGAUUGCAGUCAAGCAACAGCUCAGUCUAUGCAGUUGGUGAUGUUGCUGCUUUUCCGGUAAAACUUUUUGGUGAAAUUCGCAGGCUGGAACAUGUUGAUGCUGCUCGCAAAUCUGCGAGACAUGCCGUGGCUGCAAUAAUGAAUCCAAACGAAACAGAUGAAUUUGAUUACCUGCCAUUUUUCUACUCAAGGGUCUUCACAUUAUCUUGGCAAUUUUAUGGGGACAAUGUAGGGGAGGUGGUACAUUUUGGGGAUUAUUCAGGAAAAACAUUUGGGGCAUUCUGGGUAUUCAAGGGUCACCUUGUUGGGUCUUUCCUUGAAGGUGGAUCCAAAGAAGAGUAUGAAGCUCUUGCCAAGGCUACCAGGCUUAAGCCUGCUAUUGAAGACUUGUCUGAGCUGGAAAGGCACGGUUUGAGCUUUGCAUUGGCAGUUAGUAAGGUACCACCGCCACUUCCACCUUCUAAUGCUAGUGUGUCUGGCAUUGUUCUUGAGAGACAAUUACAUGCUUGGCAUGCAACAGCUGGUGUUAUCCUAGCAGCCUCAGUAGCUGCAUUUGCAUAUUGGUAUGGAAGGAGGCGUCGACGUUGGUGAAUACUCAGUAGUUUGAUGUUGGUGCUGCUGAUUUCAUUCCAUAAUACAAUGUUGUAGGAUAUAUCACUACACUGGCUCUUGUAAUCAUUACCGUGUAUUCGGAUUAUAGACAAUCAUAUUGAAAAACAUAAAUGCCAUUUUCAUCCAAACCUA